GGGUAUUGACCCGGUCAAAGAUACGGUGUCAAUCAAGGAUGGGUUAACUAGUUUCCAUCAGGUUUGGUUUUUUAAUUAUGAGUAUUAACCGUGAUUUAACCAAAUUAUAAACCGAACGGAAACCUUGACACCUUGUUGUAAAUUUGUAACAUAUGGAUUAGGUUUUGUUCUGUUCUUUUUUUUUUUUUUUUCUCUCUGAUGCAACUCUGUUCCUUAUCUUAAUUAUGGGAUUAGGUUUUGUUAAGUUUGAAACCAACAAAAGAGUUAAAGAGGAAAUUAAAGUCUUCAUCACACCACACGUGUGGCUCGUUUCUCAUAAAAAAUUAAGAAACAAAAAAAUUAAUUAAUGACCGUAUUGAAAAAGAUUACUCGCUUCCCAUAAAAAUAUUACUCAAUUAUUCAAAAAUAUAUAAAACGCAUCAAAUACUUGAUUUUAUCAAGAAUCUACAAAAUCCUAUAUCUUCUGAAGUAAAUCGCUUUUUUCGGGAGUAACUAAUUGACGUAACAGAUUUGGUUGGAUGGGAAUAUAUUAGGGAGUGUUUACUAAUCUAAUAGAUAGUGUCAAAGGAAAAAGCUUUGGUGAAGGAAAUUGAGAAUGACGGCUCCAUGCAAGCACUGGAUUGUUCACCGUCAAAUCUGCUGUCGAUGCAAAUCCCCAGUGAAAACGUAUGACGCCAAUACGAAGGUCGCAAAGGAAACCUCUCUUAACCCUAAUUGUCGUCAUCGGCUGUAUCAAAACCGUCGAUGUUGCCGAUGUGGAUAUUAUCUGGAUACUUGGUAUUUUGCUCGAGCUUUCAAUUACAUCGCAAAGUCUUUAUCGAUGAGUCCCGAGUUCGAGGCGACCACUAAGAAACAGAAGUUGGGGAUAGCGUUGGGAAAGAGGAAGCUUCACUUGGUUCUUAGCUUAGAACACACCCUCAUCGACCUUAUCAGUGUGUCAAAGCUCUCCGAGAUCGACAGGUAUCAUCUGCUCGAAGAGGCUGAUUCGGGAUCAAGAGAUGAUCUGUUUCGUUUAGCUAAUGAGAGUUUCUAUUCAAGCGAUGCGUUAGUGAAGUUUCGACCUUUUGUACGUGAAUUUUUGCGGGAAGCAGAGAAGAUUUUCACCAUGCAUGUGUACACAAACUAUGGUCCUGGCCUUGCAAAGAAGGUGGUGAAGUUGCUCGAUCCGCAUAUGAUAUACUUUGGGAAUCGCAUUAUUACGAGUAAAGAUAGCAAUGGUGAUUUGAAGUCAUUGGAACUUGUUUUGGCGGAACCACGUGGGGUGCUUAUCGUAGACUAUGAUCAUAGAUUGUGGAAGAGCCCAGGCCACAACGUGAUUUUCAUGUCGAAGUACGUGUAUUUCAAAGAAAUCAGCAACGAGGAUGGGGUCCUAGCAAAAACUCUUAACUUGCUCAAGAAGAUAUCUUUGACAGGAGAUUAUAAAGUUGUUGACUUGGAGGGAAAGAGCGAGGGAGAAAGUCCUGAUGAUGAUGAUGAAUUGUUGUUGAAAGUCCUAUUGAGAUCCCUCAAGGAGCUUCAUGAGUUAUUCUUUAAUGGAGGAUAUCAGGAGGUGAAUCCUCUCCUGCCCCGCUUCUUCACGCCCAGGAAUUUGAAUGAUUACCAGUCCAAUGGAUUUACAUUUUCCUUUACAUGAUAUAAUUUUCGUGUUGUUUCCUUAUUAACAUCUCUCAUUAGAGCAUCAGCAUUGGUUUUGU